AUGUCUUCUGCUAAGCAGGAUACGUUGUCUUCGAAUGAGAAUUGGAAGAAAGGUGGCGGUAAGACCAAGCGUGGCAAGCCCACUGGUCGUCGUGAGGUGGUGGAGAAGUACAAGGCGAUUGGAGCGCACACUAUCGAGGACCGUAACCGCAAGCAGUACGGAAUCGAGGCUCGUGCUUGGCAGUGGGGCUUAGACAAGGACGACGACAAUUUCCUUGGUGCGAUUUUCGCCAAGGAGCGCCGUCAAGCUAACAAACUUGCACUCCAGGACCAGCUUCUGGCUCUUGAGGAGGAAGAGCAGGGCCGGAACGUUUCCCAGGAAGGAGGCCAGAACAGAGACGAGCAUGAGAACAAAGAGGUCUCUUUGAUUGGUCUUGAAAAUCGGGAUUAA